AUGAGGUUUCCUGCAUGUGCCCUAUCUCCUCUGAUCUUCUUCCCGUCCCUUGCCAAGAAAGUUAUGUACCCCAGCCUUGGUCCAACUCAGCUCGAUCGAGCUCAUCGAAUUGUGAUACCUCAUCGAUGCCAAAAACUCACAAGUCAGCUCCUUGUAAGACUCCAUGCGGUGAGAGAAGAACUUUCCAAGUUGCAUGUUCUUGAGCACCAACUCCACAUCCUCAAAGAUCCCAAGGUCCUCAUUGUGUCAUCAUGUGGGUACUUGUCUCCACAAAGUCCAUGGAGAAGAGGGCAUCAUAAUGCUCUUGGUACAUGGGGAGUUCAUCCUCUUCCUCUGAUUCAGCCUCCUCCAUGGCACAUUUUCAUUGCUCUUAUGCACACUUCCUCAAUCUCUUGA